AUGGAUUCAUUGCAAAAGAAAGUGUUUUGGGCAAAACCUAAAAAGGAAGAAUUAGAAGAAUACCCUAUUAAAACUAUCGAAGAAGUCUUGCAUGCAUUUGAGGUUGGGAUGUGUCGCACUACCUGUACAGUAAUUGAAGUCGAUAGAGACUACUGUUGGGCCUACAUUGCGUGUAAGAAAUGCAACAAAAAGACCAUCGUCGAGCAAGGCAUUAAGAUGGAAGAUGAGAAUCAUAAACCAGCACCAAAGUUCUAUUGUGAGGUUUGCUGUCAGUUUGUAAAAAACGUCACAACCAAGUUCUGGAUUUAUCUUAAAAUCAAAGACAAAACUGGAGAAUCUAAAUGUAUGGUGUUUGAUAGCUUCGCUGCUGAUAUGGUUGGAAUGCAAUCCUCAGAACUCCUUAACAAUAGAUACGAUUUGCUGGAGGAUCCUGAAGCUAUUCCUCUGGAGGUUUUAUCAUUAGAAGGGAAAACAUUUGAGUUUCUCCUUUCUAUCGAGUUGAAAAAUAUUAGAGGGAGCUCCACCAUUUACAAUGUCGCUGCUUUGUGCUCCAAAGGAUUGAAUUCUGAUUUUGAGAUUCUCCCUUCAGACACUUAUAUAAAUCCGUCUUCAAUGUUGUCUGGUGGUCAGGGUUCUUUAAUGAUUACUGAUGGGAGUGAACCAUCAGAUGUGGAUGCUUCAACAUCUUCCACUCCAUCAUCAAAAAGAGGUUCAUCAAACAUGGUCGAAGGAGAUGACCAAUCAUCUACCUCAAAAAAACAUUGCUCUGGACAAAAAGUGGAAGAUGCUACUGCUGCUGGUGUUUCUAAGGAACUUAACAGUUUGUUCAGUUAA